GAGAGGAGUGGGAGGCAAAACUUGCAUCCAUGGAACUGGAGUGGAGAGGUAAUGCGCAUCAAGGCAAUAAGUAGACUUCUAUAUUUAAAGGUUGCUGAGAAUCAACUUGGGGUAGUUUUAGAGAGUAGGCAAAUGAAGUGUCGAAGUCUCGUGCGCAAACCGUUGUUUUCUGACAGGGCAAAUUGACCUGAUCGCAAUGCUACCAGCUCGCUGGCGAGGGAAGAGCGCUCCCUUUCUCCCAGCCCAGUGGAUUGUAGCAAAUUCUAUUGUGAUGCUAAAGUAGUGUCGGAGGAGGAAGAGGGGCUGACAAACGAUCAAAAGUGAAGCUAUCUACAUUUUCAGUAAACGUGACUAUUUUUUGUCGUUUGUUCUAUCCAUUUAAUGUUAUUUUGUGGGCUGUUUAAUUUUCAUCACUUGUUGCUGACUGUUGGAACGAAAGUGAACUUGUUUAAACUAGACUGCCGUUAGAUUGGCAAACCAUGUUUCAUUUGCUGACUUAAUAUUCGGUGAUGCUAGGAAAUGAUUUAUCCUUCAGGAGUGGACAUUCCCCUCUUGCUAUGCUCUUCGGGAAGACUUUAAGAAAAGGAGAAGAGAAAAAUCGGUUCUUCCAUCUUUUCGGCUUCAUUUCCCCUAUGCAGUGUGUCUGUUGGACUGAAUAGGACCGAGCCACCAGGCUAGGCUACCUCGGCGGUGCUAGUGAUUAUGGAGAGCAGUCUCCCAAGCUACAGCACAGUCAUACACCGAGGAAAGACGCUGCUUCUGGAGGCUCGGCUCCUGGGUGGGGCACCCUGGGGGUUUCAGCUCAAAGGAGGUCUGGAACAUGGAGAGGAGUUGAUCAUCUCAAAGGUUGAGGGAGGUGGGAAGGCAGAUCUGUUGGAACACCCUCUGUUGCCAGGGGACCAGGUGGUUGUCAUUAACGACGUGGAACUCAGUGGAUUCAGGCAGGAAGCCGUCUCAUUGGUCAAAGGAUCCUACAAGACUCUCCGACUCACUGUCCGCAGAGAGUGCUGCCCAGGCUCCUGCUGUGGUGACCCCACCCUCACCCCACUGACCCUGCCCAACCUCACCCCCCUACCCAUCAUCGGCCCUCCCUCGGACCACCACACCCCCCUCUCCUCCGUUCACGGACCCCCCAGAGAAAAUCGAGGAGGAUGUUCUGGAGGAGUUAAACUACGCAUCAAAAACAGACGCAGCGAGCCUGUCUCCAGACCUCACUCGUGGCACGCCACCAAGCUUGGCGAGGGCCAGCCAGACCCCAGCAUGAUGCAAAUAUCCCAGGACCCUCCUUGGCAUCACACCUACCCCUCCAGUGCGUCUACUACAGACCUGUCGGGCUACGACCCAGGUUACCUAAGGAAGAGUCCAGAUCAGUACAGUUCUAGAGGAAGUAUGGAGAGCCUUGGGGAGCACCACGGCCACCCAGCCUACAGCUCUUCCUGCCACCAGCUGUCUGCCUCCAAGUCCUCCAACAGCAUGGACCACCUUCACAGCAAGAGAGACUCAGCCUACUCCUCCUUCUCCACCAGCUCUAGUAUCCCAGAGUACCUUGCGGCCGCUCCGACCUUUGGUAAAGAGAGAUCGUACUCCAUGGAGACGGUUCCGCAGAGGGGCGGGAUUAGUGGAGGGGGCGGGGCCGGGGCAGAGGGAAUGCAGCAAGCUGACAUCCGAUAUGUCCGUACGGUCUACGACCCCCAGCAAGGCGGUGCUCAGGAGCACGAGGUUAGCUCCGCCUCUGCUGCGUUGCUACGCAGCCACGAGACUGGCAGGGCGGGGUCUUGUAGUGUGGCCGGGGCCGCCUGUUACCGCACCACCAGUAGUAACAGCAGUGGCGGAAGCAGCGGUGGUGGUAACCAUGGUAUUAACCCCAACCGUCACAGUGUUGGGCCCAUUUGGGGUCAGAGCGCCAGCCGCAGUUCCUACGAGAGCCUGAAGGGGGCGCCGGCUCCUCCCAUGCGGAGCGACAGCUACGCGGCGAUCAGGAACCAUGAGAGACCAAACUCGUGGUCCAGCCUGGAUCAGGCUCGCUCCCUCAGGGCUCUCCACAAGGGGUCCACCUCCUCCUGGUACCACUCCUCUGGCUCCGUGGCCUCCGGCUCGGGGAAGGGCUCCUACGGGGCCGAGGGCCAGCUCCACACCGUCAUAGAGAAGAGUCCUGAGAGCAGCCCCACCACCAAGCCCAAACAGGGCGUGGGUCAGGGCUUCCCGCCGCCCCCCGAGCCCCAGCAAACAUCCACCCAGUCUGGCUGCCUCAUGCUGCCCCAGGGCAUCUACCCUGUACCCACACCGGAGCCCCACUAUGCCCAGAUGCCCACCAGCAGCCCCAACCCCAGCAGCGUGUACCCAGCCCUGGCCAAGGAGAGCAGUCUGAGCAGACAGAGAGAGCUCCAGGGGUUAAGGCUGGGGGUCAGUGUGGAUACAGGGAUGGCGGUAGUGGUGGAGAAUGGAUACCAAAGCAACCCCUCUAUAUCCUCCUAUGUCACUUCCUCUGGCCAGCCUCAGCAUCCUGACUUUGCUCAGCCUCCACCCAAACAGCCAGCUCAUCCAACCCAACCCGCAGACAGAGUGGGGGGAGAGUCAGGUUUCGAGGAGACCCAAACUAAACUGGGUCUCUACAGGUCUCAUCUGAAGGGAGAGGGACAGACCGUAUCCCAAAGGCAGAGCCAGAGGAGCCAAGGACAGGGACAGGGUCAGAGCCAGGGUCAAGGACAGGGUCAGAGCCAGGGUCAGGAUCAGGGACAGGGUCAGAGCCAAGGCCAGGGACAGGGUCAGAGCCAAGGCCAGGGACAGGGUCAGAGCCAGGGUCAAGGACAGGGUCAGAGCCAGGGUCAGAGCCAAGGCAAGGGACAUGGUCAGAGCCAAGGCCAGGGACAGGGUCAGAACCAGGGUCAAGGACAGGGUCAGAGCCAGGGACAGGGUCAGAGCCAAGGCCAGGGACAGGGUCAGAACCAGGGUCAAGGACAGGGUCAGAGCCAGGGACAGGGUCAGAUCCAAGGCCAGGGACAGGGUCAGAGCCAAAGUCAGGGUCAGAGCCAAGGCCAGGGUCAGAGCCAAGGCCAGGGUCAGGCGUCCAGACCCUCCUCAGUCCAGUCUAUAGGCCAGUCUAUAGGCCAGUCUAUAGGCCAGUCUAUAGGCCAGGAGAGAAGGGACCCAUACACGCCAGUCCAACCGCGGGGAGAGAGGCUACCCAGGUACUCCCAGGGCUCAGAGAUCUGCCCUGAGCACCACCGACAGGGCCAGGUCAGGGAGGAAGGGCAGGUCAGACACACAGAGCCCAGGCCCCACGCUACUCACCCUGUGGCAGGCACCACCAUGCCCAGUAAGAUCGCACAGGGACAUGUUCCCCAGGGGAGCAAUAGCAGUAGUACCCCAGCACAGGUGUCUGACCAGCAGGUAGAGCAGAGGGCCCAGGGGCCUGACCAGCGGGUAGAGCAGAGGGCCCAGGGGCCUGACCAGCAGGUAGAGCAGAGGGCCCAGGGGCCUGACCAGCGGGUAGAGCAGAGGGCCCAGGGGCCUGACCAGCAGGUAGAGCAGAGGGCCCAGGGGCCUGACCAACAGGUAGAGCAGAGGGCCCAGGGGCCUGACCAGCAGGUAGAGCAGAGGGCCCAGGGGCCUGGCCAACAGGUAGAGCAGAGGGCCCAGGGGCCUGACCAACAGGUAGAGCAGAGGGCCCAGGGGCCUGGCCAACAGGUAGAGCAGAGGGCCCAGGGGCCUGACCAGCAGGUGGAGCAGAGGGCCCAGGGGCCUGACCAACAGGUAGAGCAGAGGGCCCAGGGGCCUGGCCAACAGGUAGAGCAGAGGGCCCAGGGGCCUGACCAACAGGUAGAGCAGAGGGCCCAGGGGCCUGGCCAACAGGUAGAGCAGAGGGCCCAGGGGCCUGACCAGCAGGUGGAGCAGAGGGCCCAGGGGCCUGACCAACAGGUAGAGCAGAGGGCCCAGGGGCCUGGCCAACAGGUAGAGCAGAGGGCCCAGGGGCCUGACCAGCAGGUGGAGCAGAGGGCCCAGGGGCCUGACCAGCGGGUAGAGCAGAGGGCCCAGGGGCCAGACCUUCAGGUCAAUGACCAUAGAUCCAGGUCCCCCCUCUGGUACUACAGCGAUCCAAUUCCCCCCCAACCGCAGAGGGACCAGAGGGGACCAGAGCACCCCCUGACCCAGCUGCAGAACGUCCUAGCAGAUGUCCAGCGUUGUGACAGUCCAGAGAGCUCCGCCAACAGCCAGAGUAGUCACCAGAGGAGCCUCUCCGUUCUGGAGAAAGUGAACCGAUUCGAGGGCCGCGAGCAGAGCCAUGGGCAGGGGAAGCAGAGGAGUAAAAGCACCAGCGCCAACCACACCAACCCGAGGCCCUCCUCCUCCCGUCCAACCCAGCCCCAGUCUCAGCCCCAGUCUCAGCCCCAGCACCAUGAGAGGGCUGGUAUGGAUGACCUGCGUAACACGCUGGAGAGAACCAGCAGCCCCAGCAGAACACUGAGCUCCUCCUCUAGCUCACAUCAUUGGAAAACAACGGUGGCCCACGAGGGUCAUCAUUAUGCAGAGCAGCAGAGGCCAGGGAGUUGUGACCAGACCCAGCCUCAGAGCUCCAGGUACCCCCAUCACUACCACCCUAAUCCACAGGACCCUCACCCUGGCUCGGCCCUGCAGAGGAGCAGGAGCACCUUCCAACUGGGGAGCCAGGAGGGCCACGACAGAGACAGGGAUGGGGACCGAGAGUUCCAUUGGAGGGAUGACCUGCAGGACCUACUGGGGACCAUCCAGGACACGUCUUUUAACCGGGCCUACAGGAACAGUAUCAAGGACGCCCAGUCCAAGGUGCUCAGAUCCACCUCCUUCAGACGCAGGGAUCUGGGAAUCAGCGUCAGCGGGACUGUCAACAACCACUCCCCUCCCAUCCCCGCCAAGCACUUAUCCCUGGAGAGGAGGGCACCGAAGACCAGCCCCAAACCCUCCAUUGUCUCCACUACUGUCCAAGCCUCCACCCGAGCCCUUGCCCUAGCUACCUCCACUCACACCCCUAAAGAAAGGCUUACGGUCACUGUCCCAGACCCAGUCCCAAUCCCAGCCCCAGCCACCUUUCACUCGCCUCACACCCCUAAAGAAAGGCUUACGGUCACUGUCCCAGACCCAAUCCCAGCCCCAGCCACCUUUCACUCGCCUCACACCCCCAAAGAGAGGCACGUUGUCACCCCAGAGCCCGAUAGGUUCGGUCCCCCAGAGCUCCUCAGCGUCCUGGCCAUGGGCCCACCAGUCCCGGCCCGUAUCGGUGGGCGUAAGCGACUCACCAUGGAGAAGAAGAAGAGGUCCUACUCCGAGCCUGAGAACAUGCAUGAGGUGGGGUUGGAGUCUGACCCAAGGAGGACGAGCCAGCACCAGCUGUUCCUUUUACCAGGUACAGAGACCAGCGUGGCGGACCGCAGGAGGAUGUUUGAGAUGGCUGCCAGUCGCAGCCUGAGCUCCAGCUCCCAGGCUCCCCAGCGCCUCCAGGGCUCCCAGGCUCCCCAGGGCCUCCAGGGCUCCCAGGCUAGUCAGGCCGUGUCCCGGCCGGAGCUCCGGCAGCUGCAGCAGGACGCCCUGGCCGACUACAUGGAGAGGAAGAGAAGCUGGAGGACAGACAGGGAUAGGGACAGGUCAGAGGGAGGGCGCGCCCACCGUGACCGCCCUCACAGCGCCUACCUGCAGCCCUUUACAGACACCCAGAGUGUUUCCUCAACCUCCACCACCAGCCUAGCCUCUCUUCAGGAGCCUCUUGGCCAAGACAGCAGUCUCUCUGGUGGGGGAAGGCUCUGCUCCACCUUGCCUCCUGGCCUCCAGGGCUUCUAUCCAGGCAGGGUUACUGCACCACGCAUCCAGGCCAAGGCCCCAGCCUCAAUCUCCACCACCCACCCAGACACCUCGGGAUUCCACAGGCUACUGGAGGGAGAGAUGCCUAGAUCCAGCCUUGAUAGAGAAGAACCAGCCCAGGACUAUGAGGCUCUCUGGAGCCAGGAGAUUUUCCUGCGAGGCGAUGGGGCCUUUGAGAGGGCAGUUCCAGCCCGGAACUCUGGCAAGUCAGCCUCUGCGGAGGACCUGCUGGAGCGCUCUGAGAGGCCUGCACCCCAGCACUUCAGAUCUCGCUCCUCGCCCUCUGGCGAGAGGCUAAAUCAGGACUUCAUGGCAGGAGGAGAUCUGAGGAUGUAUGGGAUAUUCUCUACCGAGCCCAGGCUUUUCACAAACAACGACAACAACAGGUCCAUGGACAACCAGCAUCCUGACAGACCGGUCUCUGCCUCCCAGUCCAUGUCCCAGUCCAUGUCCCAGUCCCAGUGUGCAGAUACCCACUUACUACUGACCCAAAGCCCGUUCCAAAGCAACACCCCUGUGAUGAGGAGAGAGAGGCUGAAGAACCCCGACCGCCAGCGGGCCCUUAGUGCCUCCAGCCUGGCUGCCUCUGUAGGUCUCCCCUGCCCCUUCUCCCCCCCAGGCACCAGCCCUACUAUCAGCCUGGACUGGCAGGCCAAUGAGAGGUUGAGCCAGGCCAACCUGGAUGCCAUAGCCUUCCCAACUCUGCUGCAGACCGCCACACUCGGGACCAUGUCCCCAGAGGCCCAGGUUCACCCAGAGGUCAGAAGAAGCCCCACAGAACAUCUACAGCAGGCCAUGGCCCAGGGCCAGAACCAGGGCUCCUUAGACACCAGCACCUCAGAGGAGAAGACCCUGAAAGACUUUCCCAGACAGAAAGAGGGGCCCUGCCCUCAAGCUUCAGCCGUUACACCAAAGACCAACCCACCCCUCGUCCUACCCAAAGCCUCCCCACCACCACCCCCAUUUAAAACCUCUCACAGACCACACACCCUGCUCUCCCUCCGCAUCUCAGAGUCCACUCUGCAAGAGACCUCACCUCUACAAGUAGCUCCACACCUAGCCCCUCCCACAGUCUCACUACAGGACUAUGACGAGGUUUUCCUCCAGGAACCGGCCCCUCCCUCCCCUAUUCCUCCCCCGCUCCCAAUCAGGGAGACGGACAUCACAGAGUACUUCCCCCCGCCGCCUCCCCCUCUCCUGCCCCCUCCUCACUCCCGGACAGAGAGGAGAAGGAGGAGAAUCAUCAUGGACCUGGGCUACAGCACCUCAACAGCUGUGAGUUCCCAUUUCUCCCCUCCUACCGUCAGACAGUCCCCCCCUCCAUCCCCCUGUCUGUCUCUCCGAGGCCAAGCCUUACCCCUGAGCCCCAGCCUGAGACCCCCACCACCCUCAGCAGCAGUUUCCCAGAGCCCCAGCAGGGGCCUAGCGGUGAGGAAAGCCUGGGGCAAGUACCAUCUCCCGGCCAGGAGGGAGAGGUCUGCUGGGGAGCUGAGGGUGGAGGCCCUGGCCAGACAGCUGGUGUCCCGGGGGGAUAAGAGCCUGACCCCGAUGCUGGACAGCUGGGCAGAGGGAGGUCGGACCAUGGACCUAAUGGAGGAGAUCUUCCCCGCGGGGGGAGGGAGGUUGCUGUGGCAACGCCGCAGGACCAGCACCUGUCUGGAGGACAGAAGUCAAGAUGGUGUCUGUUCUAUAGGACCCAAUCUGCUGCAGAGAACAGAGGGAGGAGGAGGAGCAGGAGGAGGAGCAGGAGGAGGAAGAGGAGGCGAGGUGGACACAGAUCUGGAUGAGGAUGAGACAGACUUCAAUCAGAAGAAGGUGGAGCUACUCCAGGCCCUGACUCUGAGCGUUACCUCCUUGCGAGAGGAGAAGGAGGUUCUGGCGGAGGAGCAGAGGAGGUUCCGGGCUCUAGGGGGCCACAUGGAGAGCCUGGUUCAGGAGCGCUGUAAGCCCAACGAGAGGGAGAAGUACAAGAUGCUCAUCGGGGACAUGGAUAAGAUAGUCAACCUUCUGCUGUCUCUGUGUGGCCGGCUGGCCCGGGUCCAUAACGCUCUCUCUGCCCUGGACAGAGAGGAUGAGACAGAGGACAGCCAAGAGGAAAGGGAGUCCUUACAGCAGAAGCGCAGGCAGCUGUGUAGUCAGCACGAGGAUGCCAGGGAGCUGAAGGAGAAUCUGGACCGGCGGGAGCGUGUGGUUCUGGACAUCCUGGGUGGGUACCUGACUGGGCCGCAGCUUAGAGACUACCAGCACUUCGUCUGUAUGAAACCAGCCCUGCUGAUCCGCCAGAGACACCUGGAUGAGCUCCUUAAGCAGUGGGAUGAACAGCUCAGCAGGCUGGCUGAGAGUAUCUCUCCAGGGGAUCAUCAGGCCCAGCCCCACUCACCUAUCCCUGGGUUGAACCCCAGCCUCGGCUCUAACCUUAGAGCUCCCAGCCCUAACCUUAGAGCUCCCAGCCCUAACCUUGGUCCUACCCAAACAGUCCGCUCCACCACUGUGACAUCACUGUGACAUCACCCCAACAACAACACUGCUCCUGGUCACUCCUACAGUUGCUGUGUCUCUGGCUCAGUGGGAGAAGCACCAUGAGUCUGGCGAGUAAGAUACGACAGUACUUGGUUGAAGAGAGAGAUACAGUUCAUGCAGUUUUGCUCUAUAUGAAGCAGGAAGGAUGUCUGUCGGUCUGUCCCCUUGUUGCAGACAGACAGGCAGGCACAGACAGACAGACAGACAGACAGACAGACAGACAGACAGACAGACAGACAGACAGACAGACAGACAGACCAGUAGACCGACAAGUAGGCAGACAGACAGACAGACUGCAUUCAGACAGACAGGCAGACAGACUGCAUUCAGAGAGACAGGCAGACAGACUGCAUUCAGACAGACUGCAUUCAGAGAGACAGGCAGACAGACUGCAUUCAGAGAGACAGGCAGACAGACUGCAUUCAGACAGACUGCAUUCAGAGAGACAGGCAGACAGACUGCAUUCAGAGAGACAGGCAGACAGACUGCAUUCAGACAGACUGCAUUCAGACAGACAGGCAGACAGACUGCAUUCAGAGAGACAGGCAGACAGACUGCAUUCAGAGAGACAGGCAGACAGACUGCAUUCAGACAGACUGCAUUCAGACAGACUGCAUUCAGACAGACAGGCAGACAGACUGCAUUCAGAGAGACAGGCAGACAGACUGCAUUCAGAGAGACAGGCAGACAGACAGACAGGCAGACAGACUGCAUUCAGAGAGACAGGCAGACAGACUGCAUUCAGAGAGACAGGCAGACAGACUGCAUUCAGACAGACUGCAUUCAGACAGACAGGCAGACAGACUGCAUUCAGAGAGACAGGCAGACAGACUGCAUUCAGAGAGACAGGCAGACAGACUGCAUUCAGACAGACUGCAUUCAGACAGACAGGCAGACAGACUGCAUUCAGACAGACUGCAUUCAGAGAGACAGGCAGACAGACUGCAUUCAGACAGACAGGCAGACAGACUGCAUUCAGAGAGACAGGCAGACAGACUGCAUUCAGAGAGACAGGCAGACAGACUGUAUUUAGACAGACUGCAUUUAGACAGACUGCAUUCAGAGAGACAGGCAGACAGACUGCAUUCAGACAGACAGGCAGACAGACUGCAUUCAGACAGACUGCGUUCAUGAUCGAUGCAUUCUUGUGCCUCUAUUUAUGCUUCCUAUGUUACUCAAGCUUUUUCACAUAUCUGUAUUCUGACUGGCCACUCAGCAUGUCUUCGGUUGAUUCAAUACACUGUUGAGGUACCUAGUUGUAUUCAUACGAGUGGUUCAAAGCUUUGAGAGUAACGAUGGUGGAUGUACAACUUCCUGUCAAGAAAUGUUAUUCCCCAUAUAUUUAUAAUAUUACUACUGCCUUUACGUUUGUAUAUCACUACAGCUGAGCACUUUUUUUGGGGCAGUUUAACUACUGAUUGGUCAGAAUGGUCAGAAUCCCAGAACUAGAAUGGCUUCUAUUUCUCAUUCUGUUCCUAUUGGUCAGGAGGAACCAGACCUGAAAUGUUCAAAUCAAAUCAAAUAGGCCUGUUUUCUUUACCAACAUAAUAGCACGCUCUCACACAUAUUAAUAUGUAGUCACAAUCUAAGGCAAUAUUAUGCUUCAAACACUUCUAAUUCAGACUCGAAAAUGAUAGUUUGUGAUAAAAGCUACCAUGACAUUGACAACAACUGCUAUAAUUAUUUAUAUUAUUCAACAACAAAAAAGGAAUGCAAGUGGCUGUACAUAUGGUGUCUGCUAACCUCUUAUGAUUUUUAAUAUGUAGAUGACAAACAAACAAACAAAAACAUUUUAAAACAAAUGUGAUUUCUCUCAGAGAAGGCAAGAUGAUGUCAUGAUGAUGUAAUGUUCUAGAAUUUGUGAAUUCAACUCAACUUUUCACCAUGUCAUUGGAAUUAGGUUAAAAGUUGGGUGAAAAAAACGAGACUAAAUAUCCUUUUGUUGAUGACUUUUUGCGAAUCUAAUCUGUUUUCUACGUUGAUUCAACAUCAUCACAUUGAUUUGUUGGGUUGAAAUGACGUGGAAACAACCUUGAUUCAACCCGUUUUUGCCCAGUGGGAAGUGUGUGUGUGUGUGUGUGUGUGUGUGUGUGUGUGUGUGUGUGUGUGUGUGUGUGUGUGUGUGUGUGUGUGUGUGUGUGUGUGUGUGUGUAGAGUCCUGUGACCCCAUGCUUGUUUUCCCUCCCCAAAAUGUACUAUUGAUAUGGUUGUGUCCUUUUGAGAGAAAAAGCAUCUACAUAUUAUCCUAAUUUGAGUCAAAUAUACUGCAUCAGGCACAUAUUCAUGUUACCAUUUUCACCAAUAAUGGUGCCAUCCAUAUUUUUCUUCAUAGCUUUUCAGAAGCAUAACUGAAUUCUCAGAUUUGACAGAUUUUCCUAAUCAAAAUUCCAUGUAUCAAUCGUGCUUUACGAAGCGUAGGAGAACGGAGGCUGAUUGGAAAAAAAGAUCCUUGUUUUACAAAUAAAUCUAUUUUUUAAACAGA